CGGCGAGGCCAUAUUCUGUGCUUUCUGUCUCUCAUUCGAGCUUCAUGGCCAGCAAUCCAGUACGGUCCUCGCUAGAAGAUGUCUGGUACUUGAAAGAAAUCGUAUUCGGGACGGGGCCGUCGCGCAAGCGGCGAAAGAUUAUCACCCAGAACUUUAAUGGACCCUGUUCAUUUAUUGCAAUAUGCAACAUUCUGCUACUGCGCGAUAAGAUUGAGAUACUCCCUCAUGACCGCAGGACCGUAUCAUACGAGAUGCUCUCGCAGCUCGUAGCAGAGUACCUGCUCACGAACUGCCCCGACGUCGACAUCUCCGCCGCGCUCUCUAUCAUGCCCAAGACGACCAAGGGCAUGGACCUGAACCCACUAUUCACAGGUGCUACAUCCUUCCGGCCCGGUGGCGACGGCUCGGGCGGCGAAUUGAAACUCUUUGAGCAGGCGGGGAUCAAGCUCGUGCACGGGUGGCUUGCCGACCCUGAGAGCAGCGAGUACCCCGUCCUUGCGCGCGUGGAGGACUACGAUAACGCCGUCAACCUCAUCGUCGAAGCCGACCACGCCACACAGGGGCGGCUAGUCGUCGGCGAGCAGGCCGAGGCGCCCAGCGCCCCGAGUGGCGACGAGGAGUGGUCGGAGGAGCAGCGGAGGAAAGUGGAGGACGCUAUCGUCAUCCGCAAUUUCCUGGAUUCGACGCAGUCACAGCUGACCUACUACGGCCUCUUCCACCUCGCAUCGACGCUCCCGCCCGACUCGCUCGUCGCCCUUUUCCGCAAUUCCCAUCUCUCAGUACUGUACAAAUCGCCUGCGGCUAGCCCCUCGCCACCAGCAAGCACCAUGGAGACGCCAGAGACGGACGCAAAUGCCGAAACUCAAGACACGAGCAGCACCGACUCCUCGGCCCUAUAUACGCUCGUGACUGACAUGGUGUUUCUGCACGAGCCGACGGUCGUCUGGGAGCGCCUCGAGGAUGUCGAGGGUAGCGCCUCAUCCUUCGUCGACUCGGACUUCAAGCCCUCCUCACCCGCCGGCGGGGACUGGGCGGGCAUGACCGCCGAGCAGGCCGCGCAGGCACAGGACCAGGGCAAUUACCCGCCCGUCGACCCAGAAGAUCAAGUGCUCGCGCAGAGGCUCCAGGAAGAAGAGGACGCGCAGGCGCAGGCGCUAUAUGAGCGGCAGCAGCAGGAGCACACCGAGCGUGAGCGCAAGCUGCGCGAGAUGCGCACGAAGGCAUCGGCAGAGAGGGAGCGCUACAGCGCGCCGGGCAUGAAGAAGAAGUCGUCGUGUGUGAUCAUGUAGGCUUGCUUGUCAUGGGAAUGUUCGUAGUUAAUUGGUUGGGUUCUAUUGGCGGCCCUGGGGUAUGAGCGGCAUUUUGUAUUCUAGAGUAUUAAUUCUACGCGGAUUCCGGAUUGUUUAUACACUGCAUUAUAUAGAAUAGGGUGUGACGUGAGAGACACGC